UUGCUUCGUGCGUGUCUGCGGUGACUUUGCCGCCCUUCGGCGAGCUUGCAGCCACAGAGCAGAAGCUGGAGGGAAAUUUUCGUGGGAAACAUUCUGAGCUCAUCACCAACUGCGAGCAGAUUGCCUUCUUGGGUGGAGAGCGCCCUGAGAAAGAUGUUCUCAACAGCUCCUUUGCAGAGCUGAUGUCACACUGCAGACGGACUAUCAAUGCGUCCUUCAACUCGGAGGUCUUGCGACAAUACUUGAACAAGUACUUUUGCACGGUGAUCGGCUUAAUUCUCAUAGCUAGGCCCUUGAGGAAUCGGGACCUUUUUGAGCUCACAAACCGGAUUGGCCGACUGAGCGGUUUUGCAACGCGCGUGCGAGAGCUCAUGCUUGGGCUGCAAGUCCGGCCUCCUGUGUUGUCCGAGGAGAUCGAGGCAGCCAAACAAGGUGAGAAUCCGCCUAUCUUCCAAAAGGGAGAGCAUCUUCAGUUUGAACAUGUCUCCGUUUACAGGCCUGAUGGAACCUUGUUGGUGAAAGACUUGAACUUUACCGUUGAGAGAGGCCAACGAGUUCUCGUAACAGGUGGCAACGGUUGUGGCAAGUCAAGCUUGUUUCGUGUCAUUCGGAAGCUUUGGCCAUUAGUUGAAGGGACGAUUACGAUGCCGCCCGACAAGGAGAUCUAUUUUCUCACGCAGGUGAACUUUGUCCCCUAUGGUUCUUUGCGGGACUUGGUUAUUUACCCGCAGUCUCAUACAGAAAUGCUGGCCUCGGGGAGAACUGAUGAAGACGUUCGCGUUUGCUUGCGCUGGGCGCAUGUCUCGCCUACUGUCAUUCAUGACGGCCGAGCACAGCUUGAAUUCAAUGACCAGGGGAACGUCGUCCGGCCUGGCCUGAAUGAUGUUAGAGACUGGCAGAAAGACCUUUCACCUGGUCAAAAGCAGAGGCUGGCAUUUGCAAGAUUGUUUUAUCACAGGCCCAGUUUCGUAGUCCUGGAUGAAUGUACCAAUGGCAUUUCACCUGACGUGGAGCAUGACCUCUAUGACCGCUGUACUCGCCUGAACCUGGCGGUGUUCUCCAUAUCUCACAAAAUAGAACUCAAGCUUUUUCAUGAGAGAGAGCUGCAUUACCACGGUGAUCUGAAAGGGUCGUGGACAAUGAGGGAAUGCUCCCAGACGCGUGACAAGAUCACUCGGGCAUCGUCAACCGUAAAGCUGCCUGAGCCUGACAAAGCAGGCAAGAAAGAAUCGAGAAUAACCUAUGAGAGGCAUGUUUGGUUCGCUGAAUGA